AUGGAAGCGCAACAAGACGCAAGAGGCGUAGGGAGUUUGGGCAGGUUGGCCGACGAGCUCCUGCUGGUGGUCCUGUCGCACUUGCCGGUUUCCGACCUCGGAGCUGUCGUUCCCUUGCAGGGCACGUUGCGAGUGUACGCCGGCCAGUUCGGUGCGUGGGUGCCGGCGGUCCACUGCCAGCAGCUCAGCGAGGGCCUCGGCUCGUGGAAGCUCAAGUACCGGCUCGAGCACGCGCUGACGCAGGGCAGUGGCCACGACCUGUUCGCCUUCGGCUUCAUGGACUGCCAGCCGGACCAGGGGACCCGCCACUCCAUGUCCUACGUACACUACAGUCCGACAGUCGACGCGCUGGUGCUGGUGCACAAUGUCGAUGUGCGCGUGCUCUACCUCAACAUUGGCGCGCCGAUCCUUCCGACCUGUCCCAAGCGCGGCCGCACUCUGGUGUGGCGUGCACGGUGCGGCGAUCGGGUGGGCUACGCGUUGGACCAGCACCCGACCGACCCGGGCAUGGUGCACGAGACCCUGUGGUCUCUUGUGCAGAGCUCGCCCUCCUUCGACUUCCUCCACGAAUGGGACGCCAUCUGGAACCUGUUGCCGCUGCGCCAGAUGCGGCUAGCGGCUCUGGGGCAGGCCGAGGAACUCGCAUUCCAGCCCCAGACGAUCAGCAUCCAUCAGCCCUGGUCGUUUCUUGCGCACAUCUUGAAGGGCGGGGCGCCUGCGCUGCGAUCGCUGGCAAUCUAUCAUCCAGGCUUUGUCAUCAAUGACACGGAAGAUGCUUCACGCCCGCGUGACUCGAUCGUCACAGUGCUGCACCUCAUAGCAACGCGGAAUAGCCGAUUGGAGCGCAUUUCGCUGGGCUUGACCGAUCUCAUCGACGACAUCGUGCCUGUCAUCAAGGUGCCGGCCAAGGUGGUUUGGCUGCGACUCGUCGAAGCACUCUCUCACAGCAGCUCACUGGAAACACUGAAGCUCAUCUUUGCUGGCAAGUACCGCUCGGCCGGAAGCGACGACGGAUCGGACGCCGCAGACCAGUUGGCCGCACUUCCCUCGCUCCUCAGCGCCUGUGGCCCGCAGCUGCGCAAAGUGGGCCUUUACUGCGUGCCGGAGCCACUGCGCCAGCAGAUCGACGCCACGAUGGCUGCCUACCCGGACCUACCCGUCCGCUUCAAGGCUGUGUUCGGCCAACCCACAACCACAAACCCGCUGGUCACGUGA